UGUAUCUCUGUCGACACCUCCGCAGAUUCAACAUGAAGCGAGGAGAGAGAAUCACAGACAUGCAGACAGGAUGAAUAGAAAGAGGAGAACGGAGAGAGUGAGAGAGAGGAGUGAAAGAGACUGAAGAUAUAUUUGAUUGUGUGGGUGUGUGAAAUAGCAAGGCAUGCAUCAUAAUUGUGGCUUCUCGGAGCAGCUGGACAAGUCACAGCAUCAGCAGGACAUCACUGGUCUCUCAAAGUGUAUUAUCUUGGAUUUGAAAGCCGCAGGAGCUGUGAGCACAGACAGCGGUAAAAUGGAAAGCGCUUUGUCUCUGUUGCCUCCAGGAUUUAAUUAAAUGGGAAUACAAAAUGUAUUCAGCUAAUUAAAGUGAUGACAAAAAAUAUUGCAUGGAAAAUGAUGAUACCACUGCACUGUCAAUAACCAGGAAUCUAAGAAUUGAUCUGAGAUGGCAGUCAGUCCUAUCAUUAUCUGUCUCCUGUCACUGGUAUGCCAUGGUUCAUCCCACCCCUCUCCUCCUCCUCCUCCCCGGGGGUGCAACGUUGAUGUGGACCUUCCCUAUAGAGUGCUUUGCGACCUGGAGGCAGUGUGGGGUGUUGUCCUGGAAGCUGUGGCGUGCAGCGGCGGCCUCGCAUCUCUGAGCCUUGCUGUGUUCCUGAUUGUCAAGAUGCGUGCCAUUUCUGACCCCGGCAGGCGCUCCGGUCUUGGGCCUCUACUCUUGCUCCUGGGCACGCUCCUUGGGCUCUUCACCAUCUCUCUGGCCUUUCUAGUGGGGAAGACCCAGGUUCUCUGUGUGGUACGCAGGGCCUUCUGGGGACCCCUCUUUGCUCUCUGCUUUUCCAGCCUGCUUGUGCAGGGUGUACGGCUCAGGAGGCUGGUGGCUGGAAAGACGAGCCCGUCCGGAAGCACUCUGGCAGCGAUGGGUCUGGCUUUGGCCUUGGUUCAGGGAAUAAUCUCUGCUGAGUGGGUUCUGCUGACUGUAGUCAGAGAGGGUCACCCAGCCUGUGAAUAUCCACCUUUAGACUUUGCUCUGACAUGCAGCUACACUCUUGCCCUGCUCCUCAUAUCCAUGGGUCUCUCUCUGGGAGUGGUGCUGUGUGGAGGAGAGCUGGUGGCAGAAGGAGGAGACAGCAGUGAAGAAGAUAGAGAUGGAGAAAUUGAAAACCAAAGGUGGAAGUGCAACGCCGUCUGGGUCUUCCUGUCUAGUCUGGCAUCAGCAUUGUUAUGGGUGGCCUGGCUGGGUUUUUAUCUCUACGGCAGUCAGGCAUUAAGAGGAAAGGGGAAUAGAGAAAGGGGAGGAGGAAAGAAGGAUGUGAAAGUGUUGGAUGAGCCUGCACUAGCUGUGGCCUUGGUGAUCCAGGGUUGGAUCCUGCUGCUGUUCCACGCUAUUCCAGAGUCCCACCUAUGUCUCCGGAAACCUUCGGAAUCCAACACUCAAGAUUUCUUCGACACCAGUAACACAUCUCCUGCUCCACAUUUUGGAGAUGAGCUCCCUGCACACUCUCACCAGGCCUUCCAAGAAAACCAGGCCUUUUCGAUGGAGGAGCACAGCACAAGUCUUCGAAGCGGAACCUACCACGGCGGCCACAGUACUGUCCGUCCUGGCAUUGCCUUCAGAGGCCAUGUUUACCAGCCAACUGAAAUGGCUUUAGUCAUGAAUGGUGGUACAAUGCCUGCAGCCCCGAUUAACUACACUGGAAGGCGUUUGUGGUAACAUGGAGUGAGAUUUGAACAGGACACAUUUGUGAUGAAGAAGAAUUUCCUGUUGGUUAAAAGAGGAAAGAAUUUUCAUGUGUUUAUGUUUCUUGAUAUUUUUGCCCAAUUUUAUUGGCUACCUAUCAGACUGAGUGUAUAAUUACAAGUGGGAGAAGACAAAGUGAAAGUGAAAGAAAAGCUAAGUGACAGCUAUUAUUAUUAUUAUUAUUAUAAGUGAAAUGUUAACAUAUUGAUAAGGGGUGUACAUGGAAGGCAGAUAUUAAAAAUAUAAGGUGAUAUAAACAGAAAAACUUUGAAUUAAGGGAGAAUUACUGAAAGUGUUGCUGUGAGAUGAUGAUAAAGUUAAGCACAUAAAAAGAUUUCAAAAUAAUGGAGUAAACACUUUUGUCUGAGCAGCUCUUACUCAGUGUUAUCGGUGUCUGCCCAUUAAUGAUGCUUUCUAUAUAAAACUGCACUUUAAGCUCUGCCUUUGGAAUUUUUAUGUAAAUUGCAAGCAUACACCUACAAAGCUUGCUUGUCUUCAGUAAGUCAGGAAUCUUAUAGUGAUAUCUCUCUGUCCAUCUCUGCUCCAGUAUCAGGGCAGGUGGACAGUUUGGCACUGUUUACUAUGUACAUUAUAAAUGCCAUAUUUCAGCUGAUCUUGUGAAAGGUUGGAAAUAUCAGAUGGAUGUAAUCGGUGGUUUAAAUGUUCAUAUAUUUAUAUUAAUAAAUAUACAGUAUGAAGCAUAGCCACCCGGUGAUCCUUGAUAGGAAGAGGCAAAUAUGAAUAAUGGAUGGAUGGAUAACAAAAGCCAUUUAAUACGGCAAUACCAAUCCUGCAGUAAGAAUAUAACUGUUGGAUAAUUUUUCUCUUGUCUGCACUCAUCAAGAACAUUUGAGAUAAGCAUAAAAGCACAGUUAAAAGUGAAGUAUUUUAUCAAUAGGUGUUUUUAGUGUUUUCUAUAAUCAUAAUUCAUGCAUAUUUAUAAAUAUAUUCAAAAAAGUGAAACGCUCCUUAUUUAAGUCUCAGAAUUGAUUCUUCAUAUUUGACUAAGCACUGACUAAACAGGCCAACAUGGACAACAGGCUAUUAUGACAAAAUUUGGUUACUUUUCAAAAGUUAUGGCAGAGAAUAGGUACUAUCAAAUAUUGACCAAUCAGAAGAAGGGGCGGGGCUAAUUCAUGCCAAUGAAGGUCAAGUACUCAAUACCAAGUCCGAUGACACCACCCAGAUGUCUUUAUCACAACCCGUUCAAAAGUUAUGGCAGAGAAAAGUUUUUCUAGGGGGCGCUGUUGAGCCGUUAGGCCACGCCCAUUAAUGCAAACCAUGAAAUAUCAUAUUUAUCGCCAGAUCUGGCUUGUGUGCAAAAUUUGGUGACUUUUAGGGAACUAUCAAAUAUGGACCAAUCAGAUGAAGGGGGGGGCGCGCUUUUUGGCGUCUAGCGUCGCCACGGUUAACGCUUUUAAAAGAGAAGAGUAAUGCGCGUUGUCGCAGGAUGGAGAUGCACAUUUUGAUGUAUAACACACCUGGGUGCACGUUACGGUUCGGGCUCUGAAUCGGCUGAGGAAAUGGCAUAAAUUUCGCCAAAAUGACACGAUUAAUUCAAAAUGGACGACUUCCUGUUGGGUUUCGGCCAUGGCGCCAAGAGACUUUUCUUUAAGUUGCGACAUGAUACAGGUGUGUACCGAUUUUCGUGUAUGUACAUCAAACCGUAUUGUGGGGCUUGAGGCACAAAGAUUUUUCUGUCUGAACCAAUCAGAUGAAG